AUGAUUGUCUUCGCCUUUUUUGCUUUUUUCAUCGCAACAGCUUCGGCUGCCUCUAACCCACAGCGGAUUGUGGGUGGUCAACUGACCACUAUUGAUCAGUACCCAUCCAUUGCUUCUCUGUUGUACUCCGAGAACUUGGUCUCAUUCUGGCAACGUUGCGGUGGUAUCAUCAUAAACAACCGGGCUGUUCUCUCUGCUGCUCACUGCUUCUACCGUGACCCGAUCAACAGAUGGCGUAUCCGUGUCGGUUCUUCAUUCGCACACAGCGGCGGUGUUAUGCACGCUGUGAACAAUGUCAUCAUUCACCCGGCCUUCAACAACUCUACCUUGGAUAGUGACAUUUGCAUCUUGCACUCUACAUCUGCCUUUAACUUCAACAACAACGUCCGUGCUGCCUCCAUCGCUGGCUCCAACUACAACGUUGGUGACUACCAACCUGUGUGGGCUGCUGGUUGGGGUUCAAUCUUCGACGGUGGUCCAGGUUCUGAACAACUCCGCCACGUGAUGCUCCUAACUGUCAACCACGACAUCUGCAGAGCUAACUACGGUCUUGUCUUCAUCCAAAUCACCCAAAACAUGUUGUGCUCUGGCUGGCCCGUUGGAGGUCGCGACCAGUGCAAUGGUGACUCCGGUGGCCCUCUCUACCACAAUGGCGUCGUUGUCGGUGUCUGCUCCUUCGGUCUUGGAUGUGGUCUUGACUCCCUCCAUGGUGUGAAUACUCGCGUAUCCCGUUUCUCCUCCUGGAUUUCUGCUAACGCAUAA